ACGCUCCCUCCCGACAUCAGUUCCCAUUCGAAUCAUGAAGGCGUUCAUCGUUCUGCUUGCCCUGGCCUGUGCCGCCCCAGCUUUCGCCCGCACCAUGGACCGCUGCUCCCUGGCCCGCGAGAUGUCCAACCUGGGAGUUCCCCGCGACCAGCUGGACAAGUGGACCUGCAUUGCCGAGCACGAGUCCUCCUACCGCACCGGAGUGGUGGGUCCCGAGAACUACAACGGCUCCAACGACUACGGCAUCUUCCAGAUCAACGACUACUACUGGUGCUCUCCCCCCAGCGGUCGCUUCUCCUACAACGAGUGCGGUCUCAGCUGCAACGCCCUGUUGUCAGAUGACAUCACCCACUCCGUGAGGUGCGCCCAGAAGGUCCUCAGCCAGCAGGGAUGGUCCGCCUGGUCCACCUGGCACUACUGCAGCGGAUGGCUGCCGUCCAUCGAUGAGUGCUUCUAAGCCGAUUUCGACCCUGAAUAAACCGAUUGCAUAAAACUAAA